UCUUUGUUGCUGGAGCUGAGGCCAAAGCAGUUACUAUGCUCAACGUCGACUGUCGAGUUUCAGUAGUCCACGAGUUUCUAGCACCAGCACACACAACGAGACGACUGUGCGAACUCCUGUCUCUCUCGCGUCUCGGCAAGCACAAACGUCAGGCUACGGCUAGUUUAGAUUCCUCACAAUGUCUCGCCAUCAGCUGUACUUGAUCGUCCUCCUCGUGCUCCUCUCCGCCCGUGCAACACAGCCGCUGCGCGUCGCGCAUCCUACCGAUUCCGGCUCUGACGCCGCGUCGAACGCCGCGUCCGACAUUUCCAGCCCUAGCGCUAAGCUUGACACGUCGGUAACAUCCCCGCCCGUGCUGCAGCCGGCCGACUACCCGCUCUGUCCGUUCAGCCAGCGGCCGCCGGCGAGGACGAACGUGACGUUUUCGCGGUGCUUGGGCGCGACGGAAUGGUCGUGCUGCGACGACUGCAUCGACAUGCUUGCGGCGCUCAAAGCCGUCAGCGCGAACGAGUCGACGGUGCUCGAAUUUCUCCUCCCGUCCGUUCUGAAAACCGCGUCGGGAAACGCCGUUCGGCAAUGCGCACGGUUUGUGGGCUUCGAUCAGUGCAGCCAGGAAUUGGAGGCUAUGAACUGCGCCGUUAUGUGCAACCCAGAUAGCGGAAACUAUGUUGUUGCUGAUACGGAAUGGGCUGGAAACUUCUCGGUGUGUGAUGACUACGCAUCUUAUGUGUACUCUGAAUGCAAGGACCUUCCAAUGGCCACAGGAACAACAUUUGGCAGCUUACUCACUAACAAGGUCACGUUCUUCAAAGUGAUGUUCGGGUCACUCUUCAGGGCGAUUGGAGGCCGCAACAUCACCGUCAACGUGGUACCAGGACUGUCCAGUUGUUACAACGGGGCCAACAAGUACCCGCCAGUACCUGCCUGCUGCGACCCUUUGAACGACAUCCCGGGGUGCCCGUUCAAGGACAACGCAACGUACGGUGCGUUUGUGGGCAGGCGAGUGUCGCCAGUGGAGUGCAAGCAGUACAUCUCUCUCUCACCCGGACCUAGUGGGGCAGAUGAUUCGUCGACUGGCUUGGCGUUACCGCCGUCUGCAGCGCCGUCUACUUCUGCAGGGUCAUCUACGUCUGAGGGGUCAACUUCUGGGGGUUUGUCUUCUUCUGUGGGGCCAUCUACUUCGGCAGGGGCUGACAAUAAGGCAGCAGCACGAAUGCUUAGCACCAGUGUUUUUUCGUGGAUUCUGGCCUUUGCCCUGCUGCUGCUGCUGGUGCUGUAGCUUGGUAGUACCACCACCAUCAA